AUGUUUGGAGAAAACCCAUCAAAGGACAUAACAAAGAUCUCAUCUCCUAGAGUUUUCAACACUCAUCUUCCUCUCUCCUUUUUACCCGAAACUGUCAAGACCUCAGGCUGCAGAGUUAUAUACAUAACUCGUCAUCCAGCAGACACUUUUGUCUCUCUUUGGCAUCUCUACUACAACAAGUUCGGGACAGAGAUAUCGAUCAGAGAAGCUUUCGAUGAGUUCUGCAAAGGGCUUAUCCCGGCUGGUCCUUACUUCGAACAAGUACUUGAGUUUUGGGAAGCGAGAGACCGUGUGUUGUUCGUCAUUUACGAAGAUCUGAAAGCAAAACCAGAAGAAAGCGUGAGGAAAAUCGCCGAGAGGAGGAGUUCACUGGAGCGGGACUAA